CAGUGGUAUUCGCUGGUAACUUUGUGUAGUGGUGCAGAUGUUACUGAUUGCUGUGCAUCCAAACCCAGAUCUGGGAAAUUCCAUGACAUCAGAAGAGUCCGUCCUUCUGUGUAUAAAUAGGACGGCUUAGUGGUAACGUGCAAUAAAGAAGAGGCACAAAAUAAGGCAGCAUCACAGCUGGGAAACUUCAUCAAAUAUGGAGAGACACAUUAAUGGGUUUAAGUCCUGCGAAAGCCAGGCUCCUGUGGCACAACCUGAAAAAUGUUCUCCAGCUGGCAGCUUUGAUGUGAACGGCUCCACUGCAGAUGAACAAAUAUCAGAGUCCUUUAUCAGACAAGCAAUGGAAAUCAUUGUGGACGAGGCAGUGAAGAAGGCCACUAACGUCCAAGAGAAGGUUUGUGAGUGGCACUCCCCCGAGCAGCUGAAGAAGCUGCUGGACCUCGAGCUGAGAGACAGAGGAGAGCCGGAGUCUGAGAUCUUGCAGAGAUGCAGAGAUGCCAUCAGAUAUAGUGUCAAGACCAGUCAUCCCCGUUUCUUCAAUCAGCUGUACGCAGGGAUGGAGCCCUACUCUAUGGUGGCGAGCUUCAUUGCUGAAGCAGUCAAAACCAAUCUGUACACAUAUGAGGUGGCUCCAGUGUUUACCUUAAUGGAGGAUGCUGUGCUCAGGAAGAUGAUCAAGGUGAUUGGCUGGGAAGAAGGAGGUGAUGGCAUCUUUAACCCAGGUGGCUCAUUGUCCAACAUAUAUGGUGUGAACUUGGCCAGGUACCGCUACUGCCCAGAUUUUAAAGAGGUCGGCAUGUUUUCUGCUCCGCGACUGGUCAUAUUAACGUCCCAGGAGUGUCAUUACUCCAUUUCCAAAGGAGCAGCUUUAAUGGGGAUCGGCACGAAGAAUGUUUAUACUGUCCCAACUGAUGAGAGAGGAAGGAUGAUUCCCUCAGCCCUUGAGGAGAAAAUAAAGUUGGCAAAAAGUGAGGGUGCAGUUCCCUUCAUGGUAAACGCCACCGCAGGAACCACGGUGCUUGGAGCCUUCGAUCCCAUCGACGAAAUUGCUGACAUCUGUGAGAAGCACAACUUGUGGCUACACGUGGAUGCAUGUUGGGGAGGAGCAGCUAUCAUGUCUAAGAAGCAUAAACACUUGUUAAGGGGCAUCCACAGAGUCGACUCUGUUGCUUGGAACCCUCACAAGAUGCUGAUGGCCUCUCUGCAGUGCUCUGCUUUCCUGGUCAGAGACAAAACGGUGAGUCUGAUAAGUCAUAUUUGCUGAAUGAAAAAACGAACACCACCAGUAAAACCAGCAAGA